UUUUUUUUGGAAUAUGAUCUUUAUAUGGACGAGUGAAGGGAGAAUUUCGGUGGAAUUAUUACUUAUGCAAAAAUCAUGGUGGCAGAGCAUGAUCCAACAAGUGUCAAAAUGUGUUAUUAAAGUGUAACUAACUGUUUUCUGGAACAACAACGGACUCUCCCUGUUUCUCCGCUAUCUCUUUAUCUUCCUCUUCCUAAGAGCACCAUAGAGAUGUUCACACCAAAACAAUACAAGUGCGGAUACCAGAUCCUUUUUGCCAGCAGGAUCAGACGCUACCGGAAAAAACAGUGAGUUUGUAUUCUGAUGCAGUCGCUUGCUCAAGCAACAUAAAUGGGUCCAUCCACCCACGCCUAGUCAGUUCUCUAAACUCUGCCUGAACUUGCUCCGGAGAAAAAACGCUCUCUCACUUAAAAUUGUGUAUAUAACUGCUGAUGGCGACUAAAUCCUGGCUUACUCCUCAAGUGACACUGAUGCUGCUCUUAAUUACUUGGAGGGAGAGCAUGUAUUGCAGUGGAGUUACAGUGGAUCCUCCUGAGGACAUUGUGAUAUUAGACCCUGGCCAUCUUGGACAUCUUGUGAUCACAUGGAACAUGCCAGCAAGCUUGAUUAAUAUGACAGAGUGCCCAAAACAGUAUCAACUGGAGUACUUCGACACAUACAGGGACAGUUGGACUACUAUUAGGACCACCAGGAGAACAUACAGUGCUCAGUUUGAUCUGACAAAAGAUGUUAGAGUGAGAUUGUACACCUUGCUGAGCGGACCCUGCACCAAUGGCACUAUGAUCAAGAGUACGAGCUACACUGAACUGGUCCAGAAACCUACUAACACAGGUGUUGUGGGUACAGCAGUUCAGGAUUUUGUCUGUGUGUACCAUAACAUGAACUAUAUGAUGUGCAAUUGGGAAAAAAGCCUGAAGAUGCUGGCCAACUCACAGCAAAAUCUUUUUUUCUGGCACGGGGAACUGGAACAGGCAGAGGAAUGCCCAAUAUAUGUUAUUUCGAAUGGAGUCAGGAAGGGCUGCAACUUCACAGGGAUAUCUCUCCCUGAUUUUACUGAUAUCAUCUUCUGUGUAAAUGGCACUUCUCCUGAAGGGCCCCUGAUACCAACAUUCAUCUCCCUGCAAAUUCAAAACCACGUAAAGCCUGAAAUCACGGAGAAAGUAAUUCUGCAAACAGGCCCAGACACGCAGCUGGAACUACACUGGGACCGUCCUGUUGGCAGAGUUCCUGGACACUGCCUAAAAUGGGAGGUGGAACGCUAUCAAAAGGGACCAGAUGGAAAAACCACACCGGUUUAUGUUAUAACCAAACAGAUGAGCCUUACUCUGCCCUACAUCCACGACAAAGAGAAAAACUGCUUCAGGGUUCGAUCCAAAUUGCAAAAGUAUUGUGCAGACAAAAGCUUUUGGAGUGAGUGGAGCCGUCCAGCAUGCCACCCAGAAAAGAACGAAAUUGCACUUGAACCAGAAUGGGACAUGGUACCUGUCUAUGUGUAUAUUGCUGUUGCCAUCAUCACCAUACUGGUGCUGUUGCUGUGUGUGGGGGUAGUGCUCAAAGUGAGGAGUUCAAAACAAGUGAAGAAGCCGGACUCUCUGCUCACCACACUGUUUGCCAGAAAUUUAGUUCUUACAGUGGUGGAAGCCUGAAAAGACAUGAAAACCUUCACCGCUCUCAAACAGAGAUGUUUUAUUGUUGCACUGCACCUCUCUCAUUGUUCAGGGUCCAUGAUUAAAAAAAUACAGAACAAAACUCUCAUAGAUGCACACACAGUCAUCACUUGAGUUUGUUACACAUUACUGAAGACGUUACAUAUUAGGUUGAAGGUUACAGUGGGUUAUUUACAAGAAAAUCUAACCAGUAUUAUAUUAUUUCAACAUUCUGUCCUAUGCUUGCCUUUUUUUAAUUUCCAUUUUUAUACAAAUGCUUGAAUAUGUCUUCCAAGAUGUCAUGCUAACUGAAAGUUUUACAUUAUGGAGAAAAGUAUCAAUCGUUGUCAUUGUCAGUUUUUGUUGUUUACUUGCCAGCUGAUUUAGUCAGCAGAGUUACUUGGAAUAUGUUGUGUUCAAGAGCGAUUACUCAUUCUUUGGGAAUUAGUUUUUGAUGUUUUACUAUUUGCCAGAUAUCUUGCCAGUUUAUUGGUCCUUUUGAUGUUGUGAUGAACUUUUUAUUGAUUUCAUUUUUAUGUUUAUUGUUUAAUUGUUUACUUUUUGCCUUAACUGUUGCCAGUUAGCUCAGCCAACAAAGCUUUUAAAAUCAUAAUCAUAUCAGUUUACAGGGUUAAUACAUGUGAAAUGGAUUUUCAUUGCUUCAAGUCAGUGAAGUCUUUCAUCCCUUACAGAAUUUAUAAUGAGACUGAGUGGGAUUUCUUUACUUUAAAUGGGUUACAACUGAAGAAAUUAGUGUGUCACGGGUUUGUAAUGCCACUGCUCCUUGCCAGUUUUAUCUUGAAGAGUUUUAAGUAACUCAGCAUGACUGCAAAACAAUGUUAAGACAUUUUUGUUUAAAAAUAUGCCAAAAUGCCUCAAUUACGUAUUAUAUGAAAUGUACCCCACCUACCCUUUGAUUUUUGUAUAUGUUUUGUAUUAAAUGGUAAAGUUGGUCAGAUGUUGUCAUUACUUGUUUUAGUAACUUUAUGCAUCAUUAAAAAAAUCUUUUUGUAUUCAAAAUCUGUCACUUAUAACUAUAGCUAUACAGAUUUUAUAAGAGCAUAAACAAGGGCUGAAAUGCGGAAAAUGAAUGUAUCACACGCAGUUUUCAUGCUUAUAUACUAUUCUGAGCUCGUACGUCUUUGUGUUACUGUGUUUAUGGGGUCUGAGAGGCAUCAUCACAUUUAAUGCUUUGUAAUAAUCAUCCUCACUGAAAUAAUUUCAACCUGUGGUUCAAACUGUUACUUAAAGCAAGAGUUUUGAACCAUAACAUUUGAUAUGUGUUCAUAGUUGUCUACUCUUUUUAAAUACUCUUCCUUCAGUUUACGUACUAUACUGAUGUGCAGGCCAACAAAAGAUGGAUGUGAGCAGGCAUAGUUUGGGUUUUGUUAUCAAUGGAACAACAUGUGAUUUUUGUUUUAACAAAAUGUCUAACAAGCCAAUGUCAACUGUUUUAUUUAAUGGCUUAUUUCAAAGUGUGUACUGUUGAAGGAACCAUGAGCUGCAGUAUUGUAAAUCAUUUAAAGACAGUAUAUUAUAGAAGAGGGGUUCCCAAACCUUUCAAAAGAUAGAUAAAGAUAAUAAAGUCCUCAAAGUCACCCAAUGCAAUAAAUCUAUACAACCAAACCCAUUUCUUUCCUUGUUCUAACUUUCAAAAAUGUGAUAAAAGUUACAAUAUUCUAUUCCUCCUUUUGUGAGGGACUCACUACCACCCCUAAUGAAAAUUAAGUGGAUAUAAUGGCUGCUAACAGUGUGUUACUCAAAACAAUGCUGCAGGCUGCAGCUGAAACUGAUGUUAAUGAACUUGCUGAACUCUGCAUGAUUUAAAGCUGUCUCUCCCCCAGCAGACAAAACAAUCUAGUGGAGACUAAAAUAUUUCUAAGACUAAACAAGUACAGGCAAUUUACUUCUGAAAAUAAAAGUGGUACAUUAAAAAUAAUGCAUGUACUGUUUGCAUAACCAUGUCUUUCAUCAUUUGUUUGAACUGUUUGUUUGAUAACAGCGAUAACUACCACUGCUGCAUUUUGCAUAUAAUGUUUAUAUAGUUGUAUUAUCAGAUUGCUUUGAUUGCAUUUUCACUUCUGAAUACAUUUCCUGUUUUUCAGCCUCAGGGGCCUCAAUACCAGUCA